CUGACUUGGCAUUGAGACAACCUGCAAACAUGACCUUUCCUUGCAAUUCAGAAGCUGCAGCGGCUGUUGAAGGCACAUCAGCAAGGUGUGCAGUCACCAGUCUUCUCACGGACCCCUGGUGGCGUGUAGAUCUGGGAACGAGUUACGUUGUCGAUGUAGUAGACAUUAUAGCUGGUGCCGAUGGAUUAACAGAUUUUGAAAUAAGAGUCGGCGACAAUCUUGAAAAUGAAGGAAACUUAAACCAAAAGUGUGGAGGACUAUACACUUUGACUUCUUCACAGGAAAAGUCGUUCUUUUGCACCCCAGGUAUCAAGGGUCGGUAUGUGAACAUCCGAAUAGCGGGAAACAACAAGAAGCUGGCCAUCUGUGAGGUGUCAGUUAAUCCUAAUCCAACAGUGAACCUUGCUUUGAGCAAGUCAGCAUCUCAGUCCUCUGUCUCCCACAAUGCUUACCCUGUGCGAGCAGUGGAUGGAAAUGCUGACAGUGACUGGAGCUCAUCAAGUUGUACACAUACAUAUAAAACAACGGAUCCCUGGUGGCGUGGGGAUCUGGGAUCAAGUCAGCACGUGUCAGAGGUGUUCAUAGUCAACAGAAUAAAGCAUGAAAAUAGGCUUUUCAACAUAGAAAUUCGUGUUGGAGAUAGUUUGGCAAAUAAUGGAAACUCCAAUCCGAGGUGUGGUGGCUUGUACUCGAUGGCUAAUUUGCUCAAAGCUUCGUUUUAUUGCAAACCGAGGAAAAAUGGACGAUACGUAAAUAUCAGACUGGUGGGAAGUAGCAUGGUUCUGACUUUGUGCGAAGUGGAGGUGUAUUCCGAAAGUAGAGCCAUUCUGAAAUACAAGCCAGUAAAACGCUCAGUGCAGGACGUCUAUUACCAAACUUCUAUAACUCUGGUCUGUCCAGAGCCUUUCGGUUAUCCUGAACCGUUCGUAGCCUGGGUAAAAAAUGGUGUCGUCCUUCAAAACAGCUCAUCCGACUUGACACUGAAUCUGUCAAUCAUUGCUCAAAGGGAUACUACCAAGUGGACAAUUGACUGUGUGGCCAGCAACAAACAUGGCGCUGAUUAUCACAGAUUUGUUUUGAACUUGCACAGCAGAUAUGCGAUGUGCACGGAAUUUAGAGACCUGGUUGAAGGGACUAGAACAGUUCGUCACGUAGUGCAUAACCAACAGUCGGCACAAAAUGACGGGGUCAUUGAUAACCGUACAUGGUACCGCUUUGUUAGUCAAGCCACAGGAACCCCAGUGCAGCUACCAGACUCCUGCACGGAACCUUGGACUUGUGGUACUCAGGCCUCAGGCUGGCUUCGCGGGGGUCAUCCAUCAAUGGAAGAGGGCCUUGUACGCCGGAAUGUUUGCUUUAGUUGGAAUGACAAUUGCUGCUUUGCCGAAGUGCAGGCACUAGUCAAGCAUUGCUAUGGAUACUAUGUGUAUAAGCUGCAGCCGACAGCUUUGGAAUUGGAAGUGAAAGCGAGAUAUUGCGUGGAAAACCGAGCCAUCCCUUAUGAAGAUGCUUUGUUUUACCAACCCGUUACAAAAACUGGCGUGCAGUUAGCCUUGACAAAUCACGUGAUUCACACGGAAUAUCAUGUGACAUCUUCAUGGAAGUGUAUGGCCUAUUGUCUCUUGGAGAUGACGUGUGUGUCAUUCAACUACUUCACCCAGAGUAACACAUGUGAGCUUAACAACAGCACUGGAUCAAGUAACCCAGAAGGUUUGAGAGAGAGACCUGGGACCGAAUAUUACGAAAGACGAGUCAUUCAUCAUUCUUAG